UUUUGGUGACGUGACCUUCCACUUACAUCCGGGUCUCUUGUACAUCACGACGCGCAGGCGCUCUCUCCUCCACUGUGGUUCGACCUCUGCAGUCGAGAGACCCGGGCUUCUACCAGAUUUGACCGAACCGGUUAAAACUACCUAAAGUACAAGAUGUAUGCCUGUGCAAAGUUUGUGUCCACGCCGGCUGUGGUGCGUGCUGGUUCCCGGGCUCUUUACAGACCCCUGUCUGCCUCUGUACUGUCCAGGCCUGAGGCCAAAACAGAGAGCACGGUUGCUGUGAUGCCACAGAAUCCCCUCACCCAGGUUUCUCUGAGAGGCUUCCAGACCAGUGCCAUCAGCCGGGACAUUGACACUGCUGCCAAGUUUAUUGGAGCAGGAGCUGCCACAGUUGGAGUUGCUGGAUCUGGUGCUGGAAUUGGGACUGUGUUUGGUAGUCUCAUUAUUGGCUAUGCCAGGAACCCAUCUCUGAAGCAGCAGCUGUUCUCCUAUGCCAUCCUGGGGUUUGCUCUGUCUGAAGCUAUGGGACUCUUCUGUUUGAUGGUCGCUUUCCUUAUCCUGUUUGCUAUGUAAAAUCAUCCCCCU